UUAGCUCCGCCUGUCGCCGGAGUCUAUCGUUCAGACAAAAAUCUGACGACCUGUACUUCUGUGUAGAAGCCGCUCUGGGAAUGCUGACGGGUUAAAUAAGUAUCGCUGUGCUAGUUAAAGGUUUUAUUCUUUACAAGGACAGAUGACGGGACGGCUGGCGGGAAACUCGCGUAGCUGAUGCAUCACCAUCAAAUGCAGUCAAAUUUGAAACCUGGCUGGCCCUCGACUUGUAACACCGGAAAUAACCACGACAACUGGAAUAACGCUAUGGAUGCUCCUCAGUAUCCAGGUUACCCUACACAUUACUGGUAUCCACAGUCUCACUCCAAUGGACACUAUGCACAGGCUUAUCCGUCGGGGUCAGAUGUUCAGCCACAGUACAAUCCACAGGUAAUGCCUGGAGGCUAUCCAAAUGGCCAUGCUAUCUACAACGCUGCACAAAACCAGUAUCCAGCAGGUGGUUUUCAUCCAUCCAACCCGUUCUACUGUGCUGACCCUCAGAGAAGUUCCUAUCCUAACCAAGGCUGUCCGACUGAGCAGAGUGGUGGGCCGUCGGGGCAGCCGCACACUCAGCUCCAGCAUCAUCAUUAUUCUGGUCCACACUGUCAAGGGGGUCCUGGAUACCCAUCUGGACCGUACUCGCACUACAGUGAAGGUGGACAUGCUGUGUCUCCAAAUCCCCCCUACCCCACUGGGCAGCCUCUUCAUACCAAUCCUCAGGGCGAUGCCUGGGGGCACACAGGUCCAUAUGCUUCCUCACAGCAGUGGCACCCAGGGCAGCAGCCUUCACAAAACCACUAUGGAAAUCCUGUCCGUCCUGCACAACCCCCAGCAUGGCCAGGAACUGGAACUGGUGCUCCACCACCCUAUCAGCCCAAGGACCAACAGCACCAGCGAACCCCUCAGGUUGGACCUAAACCGAGGCCAGCACCAUCCCCGAAUACCCCCAACAUAAACCCUGCUGAAAUAAGUUCACCUCCCCAAAUUUACAGCAAAGCUGGGCGAAGUGAUCCUAAUGCUUCUCAAACUGUCCCCCAACCAGCAGCUGCUCAUGCUGGACCUCAGUCCCUUAGCGACAAUCCUGGGCUUGCUAAAGUCCAGCUGGUCAUGGCCAGGGUUCAGCUGCUUCGGGAAGAUGUUGAUGAGUUUGUUGGGAGAAAAACAGACAAGAGUUAUCGGUGUCUGGAGGAACUACUGACCAAAGAGCUGCUGGAGCUAGACUCCGUGGAGACUCAGGGACAGGAGAUUGUUCGACAAGCCCGCAAAGAUGCUGUGCAGAGAAUUCAGGCCAUUCUGGACCAGCUGGAGAAGAAGGCUUUCUGAAGUGGACUGUAUUUAUCUGCCUGUCGAUCAGUUAUUCUUGUUUUCUUUGCUCAAAUCUUCCAUGGACAAACUGAGGGUUCGGUCUCCUUCUUCAGAGACGUACGGAUGUUUCCUAAGAAAUUGUCAUUAUUAUAUAGAUGAGGUAAAUUACAUAGACCCCAGGAAAAGAUGCGCCUCUGAUCUAAAGUUUAAAACAUCCUUUAAGGAGUGUUUGUGCUGGCAGUAAACAUAAAACUUAUAUAUCAUAAGUGACUUUCAGCCUCCAUGAGUGACUGAGCUUGCUACACAUCCUGACUCUCCGGCUCAUCACAUCUUUUACGUCAUGCCUUCACCAGCGUGGUGCAGGGUCCCGCCACACGGCAGCUGUUUGCGUAACACACGUUCAGAACGUCCUCGGCAUUUUGGUCCGUUUUCAUCUCGUCCUUCCUGGAACAACACACUCAUUCCUCAGCUGAUUAUUUGCAUGUUCAUGCUUUUGUGCCCCCCCCCGUGAUGGCUUUGGUAUGCACUUUGUUGCUCAUGGUCACUCUAUCUCUCUGCAGCAGUCGGUGCAGUGUUUCUCUUAUGCUCUCAGCCUCGCAUGCACUGUAGUGUCAGAUAAGCACUCGCACAGCCCAUCAUCCAGCCCAUACUGUAGCAGAUUAAUGAAACCCCCUAAAGAUCGCUGUCCUCGUUACUCCGGUCUCUGAAGUGUAGAAUUAAAAUCAGACCUACAUGUGAAUACCAUGUAUUUUGUUCUUGAAGCUAAGGACAAUGUUAACAGUUCAUUUAGAAGUGUUUUUUUUUUCCUCACUUUUUGUACACCUGUAAAAAGUCAAAUAUGAAGCUUUAACAUUUUCUGUAAAGGUUUAUGCCUAAAGACAGUGUUAAAUGCACUUAGGCACAAAGGUUAAGUUGGAGUUAGUUCAUUAUUCUCUAGGGCACAAAUUCUUCUUUGAGCUGCUCAUGUGCAACACAUUCUUGUUGGUUUUGUUUGAAAAAGGAAAAAAAAGAAGUGCCAUAUUUGAUAUGGUGAUUUUUAUAUAUGAUCAGAAGAACAAUAAUAAACAACCGAAAGGUUUGCAUGGAAAA